UCUGAAGUGCAGGUACACCGUCCUCCACAAGUUAAAUGAGGAUGACAAGACUGGUUUUCUUCCAGGAAACAAUCCUUACCUUUUGCCAGCUAACUUCCUGUUUUCUCAUAGUGCUGCCAUGGCUAUUGUGUUGCUCACACUUUGCCUGCGCCGACAUUUUCACCUAUGGGCUUUUCAACGAAUCCAACAUAAUGCUACAGAAGGAUGCUUCCAUACACUCGCAGCGGGUGGUCAUCCUAACUAAUCAAACCCCUAAUUCAAUAGGUCGUGUUCUUUACCCCAACCCCAUCAAAAUAAAAGCCAGCAAUAAUUCAAUUUUACCCUUCAGCACUACCUUUGUUAUGUACAUAGGGGUUCCAUCUAAAGGCAAGGGCGGGAAUGGGAUGGUUUUUAUCAUGGCUUCCAGUAACUCCUUUGUGGGCGCCCAAGAUUCCCAGUACCUCGGAAUAGCCUCCCCUAAAGCAAAUGGUCUGCAAUCCAACCAUUUCUUGGCAGUCGAAUUUGAUACGGCAUAUGACCCUGAUGUUGGCGAUAUAGAUGACAACCAUGUUGGAGUUAACCUCAACGGUGUUAAGUCCUUUGAAUCUCAGCCGGCAGCCUAUUGGUUGGACGAUGAUCAUUUUAACAAUUUCAGUCUGAAAAGUGGAGAAAACAAGCAAGUCUGGAUUGAUUACGAUCACGAAGAAGACCGGCUUAAUGUGAGUGUUGCAAUGUACGGGAUGGAGAAGCCUAUGCGGUCUUUGAUAUCUGUUACGAAAUUUAAUCUUUCUGCAGUUUUGAAGGAAAACGUGUAUGUGGGGUUUUCUGCAUCGACUGGGUCUCAAGCAGUUGAAGAUCAUCAUAUUCUCGGCUGGAGCUUCAGUACAGAAGGUAAAGCCCCGACCGUAAAUCUGUCGUAUCUCCCUUCAUUGAUCAGAAAAAAGCAGACAACUAGAUCCGUAGGCUUCAUGGUUGGUGUAACUGCAGCAUCUCUGGUUGUGUUAUUUGUUGCCGUUUUCUUUGCAUUAGUUAAAGUGAAAGAAAUAAAAGCGAGGGAUUUGAUUGAAGAAUGGGAGCUAGAGUUUUGGCCUCACAGAAUUCCAUACGAAGAGCUAAAAGCUGCCACACAAAACUUCAGUGAUGACCACCUGGUGGGCCUCGGGGGUUUUGGACGGGUUUACAAGGGCGUUCUCUCCAGAAGCGGAGUUGAAGUUGCAGUGAAAUGCAUCACAAGGGACUCCACUGCAGGAAUGAAGGAAUUUAUUUCAGAAAUUUCCAGUGUGGGUCGUCUCCAGCACAGAAACCUUGUUCAAUUGCGGGGCUGGUGCAGGAAAAGCAAACAGUUGUUUAUUGUUUAUGACUACAUGCCAAACGGAAGCCUGGAAAAAUUGAUAUUCCUUAACCCAGAGGCAAAAACAGAAGUACUGUGUUGGGAACGAAGAUAUGCAAUUCUGAAGGGCAUCGCUACAGGGUUGUUAUAUCUUCACGAGCAAUGGGAACGGAGGGUGGUUCAUAGAGACGUGAAAUCCAGUAAUGUGUUGCUCGAUUCAGAGCUUAAUGCAAAACUUGGAGACUUUGGGCUUGCUCGUUUAUACGACCAUACUCAAAAUCCCCAGACAACUCGAGUCGUGGGGACUGUUGGUUAUAUCGCUCCCGAAGUCACAUACACAGGGAAAGUUACUCCAAGCUCCGAUGUAUUCAGUUUUGGCGUUGUUUUACUGGAAGUUGCAUGUGGCAGGAGGCCCAUAGAUAUAGCCAAGGGUAGUGAACAGAUUAUUAUGUUGGAUUGGGUAAAGGAUCUAUAUCGAAAUGGAAAAAUCUUGCAUGCAGCUGACCCAAAUCUUCAUGGCUUGUAUGAUGUAGAAGAAAUGGAAAGAGUACUGAAAUUGGGAUUGUUUUGUUCUCAUCCUAAACCAGAGAAAAGACUUAGCAUUAGAACAGUACUGCAAAUACUGGAGGGCGAAACUCCAUUUCCCACUCAUCAAGCUCUUUCGAUUUCUUACGAUGUGAGUUACUUAGAUUAUGCCACUGGUGUGGUUCAUGCAACCACUUCAACAAGUCAUCCAACCACUUCAACAAGCCAUGGUUUUGGUACUGAUUCUGAUCCUGAUGUAGGUAGAUUAGUUUAGAAGAAGCCUUGGGCUCAUGCUUUUAUGUUUAAUUUCAACGGACUUCUACUUAUAUGGUUGUGCUUUUGUUAGCAGAAUUUCUCUGUUGUCUGGCUCCACUACUGAGCAGUCGGUGAAUCUCUGUACUUAUUCUCUUUUAAAGAUGUAGAUUAAUGUACUUAUUCUAUCUGCUAAAGAUGGAGGAGUUGUAGUUGAAUUUGUUAAGAUAAUUGUUGAAGAUGAUAUUUGAUAAAAAUUUCGUCCA